ACAACAAAUAUCUACAUCCAUCUCCUCCGACACUGAGAGUAGCAGGCAGCGACUCAGUUCUGGUUUGCUUCCGAAGCUGGCCAUAUCAGCUGAAGGAGGACAGAAUGAUUCCACCAGACGCCAGUAGGAGCAGAGUGGACAUGCUCAGGAAAUACUUUGGAAGACAACAAAUAUCUACAUCCAUCUCCUCCGACACUGAGAGUAGCAGGCAGCGACUCAGUUCUGGUUUGCUUCCGAAUCUGGCCAUAUCAGCUGAAGGAGAACAGAAUGAUUCCACCAGCUUAGUGGGACCACGGGAGGAACAAGAAAAGCCUGCGUUAGUGAGCGAGGAAAUAGUGCAAGAAAACCCUGAAGUAACCACUCCAGCAAGUACGAUCAGCAGCUCCACGCUAUCAGUUGGCAGUUUUUCAGAGCACUUAGAUCAGAUAAAUGGAAGAAGUGAGAGUGUGGACAGUACAGACAACUCCUCAAAGCCACGCAGUGAAGUUGCAUCUCACAUGGCUCGUCAGCGAUUAGAAAGCACAGAGAAAAAGAAGAUCUCUGGGAAAGUUACAAAGUCCCUUUCUGCAAGUGCUUUGUCCCUCAUGAUCCCAGGAGAUGUGUUUGGUGUUUCUCCUUUGGGAAGUCCUAUGUCUCCUCAUUCCCUAUCAUCUGAUCCUUCAUCCUCCCGAGAUUCAUCUCCCAGCCGUGAUUCAUCAGUUGCUGCUGCAAGUCCUCAUCAACCAAUAGUAAUUCACAGUUCAGGAAAAAAGUAUGGCUUUACCAUCCGAGCAAUCAGGGUUUACGUGGGUGACAGCGAUAUCUACACUGUGCACCAUAUUGUUUGGAAUGUGGAAGAAGGAGGUGCGGCUUACCAAGCGGGUUUAAAAGCUGGAGACCUGAUUACUCAUAUCAAUGGAGAGCCAGUGCACGGUCUUGUUCAUACGGAAGUCAUUGAGUUGUUGUUAAAGGUAACUCUUGGACAACUGGAAUACAAAAGCGCUUGCUGUUUUUACCAAGGAUUGAAGGGUUAUGUUUGUUUCCUUCAGAGAUUACUUAUCAGAUUUUGUGGUUGUUCAAGUACAAACUGUAAGCUGCUCUUUCACAGAUCUGGACAAAGGUCAAUGACUUCAUAUAUCCUGCUAUGAUUUAGUUUCUCUGCAAUAAACUGGCACUGCUGCUGA